AUGGAUGAGAAGCCGAGUGUAGACGUUAAUUGCCGAGGUGGAAGUCGUCAUGGUGGGCUAGGACGUAAACGAAAUAGUAGCAAAGUGAUGUAUCGCCCUGUGAAAACUGCCGUGAUUGAUUUGACUCGGGAUGUUGACGAGAAGAGCAGUCGAUUGGUCCAAGUAAUUGAUGAUUCGAGUGAGAAAGAGACAGAGAUAUGUACCCCAUUUGAAUCAUCCCUGCGAUCUUCACUUAAAGAGACUGUACCAGUACCAUCAGCUAAGAGGAAUGAACGUUUUGUUCGUAUGGAGAAUGACAAGCCAGUUUUUUCUACUAAAGAACGCAAUAGUAAAGAGUUGCCAAAGAAGGAGAUGCAUAUGCAGACGAAAGGAACACGACAGGUCAUUUUGUUGUCUUCUCCAUCACCACAGAAGGGAAUAGAACCGACAAAAGGGUUUGUCAGCAGCUUAACGCAAUCGAUUGACAACAAAGGAGGUGAUGGAAAAGUAAAAAAGGAGGAAGUUGGAUCAAGAGAUAAGGGCUCGUCACUGCGUCGAUCGGAUAGUCGGGAGUCACUUGAACGCUCCAACAGUCGAGAACUAAGAGAAGAAAAAGGGUUACGCAAUCGAUCGAUAUCGAGAACCAAGUUAACCAGGAAAAACAGCAACGAUAGUAUAUCGUCACAACGUUCAGAUCGCAGUGACAAAAGUUAUCGCAACGAACGCUACCACGAAGAAUACCGCUCGAAUCUUAAUGAUGGCACAAAAAUAAUGCACAAACUUUCUAUUGGAUCACCUCGACAGGUGCCAUUUAAGUCGUCUUUAAAGGGGUCACUGUCAGCUACGAAUAGCUCACAAGAUAUUCGUAUUCGGAAAGAAGGUUUGUCAUCUGGAAUAAUGGGGCGUUCGUUUGGCAGGCCGCCGCAAGAGUUAACACUGCGGAGGUCAUCUUUGGAUGGUGGAGCUUCUUCUUUGCGCAGAGUAAAUUCAGGUUUUCCAGUUGAGGCUCCAGCGGGCGGGGGCAACUCACAGGAUCCACGACCAACAAAUUUACAGCGGUUACCAUCCAUUUCUGGUGGUGUGAAAAGAAAUGAUCAUGUCGGAGAGCUCAUUUCUCCGAAGCCACAGAAGACGAUUCAUGUUAUCCCAGAUACGAUUGUCAAGGAGCCUGCUGUUCCAGUUGUUGGCGAAUUGGAGCGCAAACGUCGUGCCGACAUUUUGCGAGAGCGCAUGGAGUUGCGAAUGGUAGGACGCGGUAGUAGCCUAGCUCAACUGAUGAAGGCGCCAUUGUGCCGUAAGGAUUCAAUGGACAAGGACGUUCGCCGAAGCCCACCUGGUGAAAGAAAUGAAAGUGAAGGAGCACCAAGUAGUGUUGAUGCUGGAAGAGAUGCAAGAACCCAAGAGUAUUAUGCUAAGCUUGACAAGGAGAAUGCAGAGCGGGAAGCCUCGCGACUUGCAGUUCCAUUCAAGUCGUCAUUGAAGUUAUCGAUGGAGCAUGACCUGCCAAAAACACAAUCAUCGACUGUAGCAUCUAUUGAUGCCGUGCCUCUUCGAAAAUUAAGGUCUCCACUAGAAGACUCGACGGGCACCAGGACAGUCCGAAUGUCAAGGUCGUCGUUGCCAGCAGCUACUGUGCCGUCUCGGUCGAUUAUGCCUCGUGCAAAGAAACUGCAAUAUUCGCUUGCAGAGCUGAGAAGACUCAUGGUAUUUGCGCUUCCCAAGCCAGCAGAUCUCCCCGAAAUGAAAGUUGUGGAAGUCAUUGCAAUUGGCAACCCGCGUUCCGUUGCUAAACAGUCGUUCGAACGAUUGGGAGUGGGCUAUGGUAUGGGAAAAUCUAUCGGAGGCAGUAUUCGAAAAGGCGAUGGUUCUGACGCGCGAGGUGGGCGUGGGCCGAGGAGCCAAGGUGGUCGUGGGGCGAGGAACCAAGGUGGUUUGAGAGAUAAUUUACGUGACAGGCAAGGCCGUGGCGGCCGUGGCGGCCGUGGUGGUGGACGCGGGGGUCGUGGAGGAGGAGGUGGUGGACGUGGCGACUAUGGCCGCCCACCUCCACCCCCGCUUUACGAUGGCCCCAUCGAGCCUCUGACACUGUCCGCGAACCGGUGGAAGCCAACAAAGGAGAAGGAGACAUCCGCACUCGAAAAAGCGUUAAACUACAUAAAGAGUCUUCUAAACAAGCUUACAAGAGAGAAGUUUGCGAAGCUGACAAAUGAGCUUUGCGCAGUUGAGAUUGACAGCUUUGUUCUGUUGAGUUCAAUUGUGGCAACCAUAAUGGAUAAAGCGUUGGAGGAGCCAAGUUUUGCGGAUGUGUACUCUGACUUGUGCAAGGAAUUUCAUACGCGGACGAUCAAAAAAGCUUGGAGCUUUCUGAGUGUGCUCAGUGAUGAAAAAGGCUCGUUCUUUUGGACUGCGAUCGACAAGACGACAUUUACACCGUUUGUUGGGCCAUUUGACAGCCCUAGUUGUUGUCUGGAUGAUAUUGAAGCACCUGUCAGUGCAACUUCUUCGACUUGUGACAGUGCGUCUGUUACCUCUGUGCAGUUCCGCCGCCACGGCGAUUAUUUGGUUGCAGUGGGUGAGAAGGAGCCUGGAGUUUUUUACUACUCAAGACGUACGAUCAGCGAGAUUGGGGAUGAUGAACCGUUUGGGGGUCCGUUCGAGUCAGCUGAACUUGCACGUCAUGCAGCUGCAUCCCAGACCACUUUUUUGCGACUUCUUGUUAACCGUUGUCAAGGCGAAUUUGAAAAGACCAAUAAGCACAUUGGUGAUGAGCAAGAAAAGCAGGAUGAAGAGGAGGUCGAUCCUCGACGGCGUGAAAUUCUUGCGAUGCGCGCAAAAGCAAAGAUGCUCGGCAACAUUCGAUUCAUUGGUGAACUGUAUAAGGUGGAUCUGAUCAAGCAGUCCGGAGUCCAAGGAUGUAUCUUCUACUUGCUUGGACUAGAGUUGAUGCCUGGACUGGAUGGUCAAGAAGGCCAAGCUCAAGCAAUUCGCUUUCCCGACGAAGCAGACUUGGAGGCACUUUGCAAAAUGCUUGCUACAGCUGGCAAAAAAUUUGAUCAGCCGAAAACAAAGACAAUCAUGAAAAUCAUUAUACUACGUAUGGUGGAGCUGUCGGACGACUUGAACUUGCCAUCACGAGCUCGAUUCUUGAUCAAGGAUGUCCUCGAGACAAGAGACCAUAUGUGGGAGCCCCGUCGAAAGGAGUUGCAACAAAAGACGCUGGAGGAGGUUCGAAGGGAGGCGCAAAAACUGCAGCAGCAAGGAAAGAAUGCUCAGCACGACGACGUGCAACGGCGCCGCCAUAAGACUCGUGUCUCCAGUGCUCAGCUUGCAAAGCAGAGCAGCAAUCUCAUUGUGGCCAGAAAAGUCGAUCCUGAUGAACCUGAGGGGCCUGAAGCGAAAGAAUUAUCUGCUGCACAAAUGUCGACCCGCGUCAAGAGUAUUAUCCAGGAAUACAUUUCCAUUAUGGAUUUAGACGAAGCUAUUACGUGCGUUCAGGAGUUGCCUGUGGGUCCAUACCACAUUGAACUUGUCGAGCAAGCGAUUAACACUGCGUUGGAAGGUAAAACGACUGAGCGUGAGCACGCUGUAGAAUUGCUUGUACGGCUGUAUGAACGUGGUGCCUUGGACGCCAACUCUAUCCAAACUGCUCUGAUGAAUGUUAUGGAGUUUUUAGAAGACAUGAAGAUUGACUUACCGCUUAUUCACCAGUACUCGGCACUGAUCUUUGGUCGAUUGAUUUCUGUGGGAUGCUUUGGUUUUUCGUGGAUUCUUUCUGAAGCUCUAGCUCAUUGUGUGGAGUGCAAGCUUACGUCACUGGUGUUUCCUGAGGUGUUGUCUGUUCUGGAAAUGGAGAGUGAUGAGAGGACGGUGAUACGAAUGCUUACUGAUGAGGAAGUUACACCAGAGAGCGUUUUGCCUGCAGCAAUGAGGGCCAGUAAGGCCGAUGUGACAGCAUAUCUUCGUGAAUAUGGCAUUGAGAAUUUUUUUGGUGGCGGUGAUAGUGAUGAAGAAGGUGAGUUUGACCCCGAAGUUGCUGGGAGAAUGCGAAGCACGCUCGAGGAGUACUUAUGUGUCAAGGACUUUAACGAGGUGGUGCAGUGUAUUGAAGAGUUCGACACUAUUCCUGAUCGCUGGCUGCACUUUGUGCAGAUUAUGCUUAUGUUCAGUCUCGAAGCAAAGCAGUCUGUACGCAAGGACGUUUCUGACUUGCUCAUACAGCUAUUUGUUGAAGAGAAGAUUAUUUCGGAAGAUAUCGAGGCUGCUGUAAAGAUUAUUCUAGACGAUUACAAUGAUCUGCGCGUCGAUAUUCCUCAGCUUGCUAUCAAUUUGAGUGAACUUUGGACGCCAUUGUUUGCAAAACAAGCUCUCUCGAUGCAUUGGUUGAUUGAAGCUAGCUCUCAUCUGGUAGCAAGCGGUCGUGCAGCCGACAUAGUUGACGCUUUACUAUUCACCUUUAACUUGCAUCUCGGCCAAGAAGCGUUAGUAACGUGGUGGAAAAUGCAGUCGGACGUGAAUGCAAUUUGGACGCAAGUGUCACCAUUGGACGAGCGAUUAGCAAAGUGGAAAAAGCUGCUUGAAUAA